AACCAACCCAAAAAUGGUCCCCGAGCUGCUGCUGUGCAUGGGGUUGGGCUGUGCAGGAGCUCUGAGCCCCACCUGCCUGUCGGCUCAGUUCAGCAGGCCCGGGGAUUACAUCCUGGGAGGGCUCUUCCCCUUCGGGAAGGACACCGUCAACCUCACGGCACGCUCGGAGCCCACCCUGCUGGUGUGUGAGAGGUUGUUCUUGGACGGGCUGGUCUGGGCUCUGGGGAUGAAGUUCGCCAUCGAUGAGAUCAACAACUCCACCUCCCUUCUCCCAGGGGUGACCCUGGGCUAUGACAUGUACGACACCUGCUUCGAGCCCCUGGUGGCCCUGCAGCCCAGCCUGCUGUUCCUGACCCGGAAUGGCACCACAGGCAUCGGGAUUUUGUGCAACUCCACCGACUGCCAGCCCCGCGUGACCGCCGUGAUCGGGCCCCACAAGUCGGAUCUCUGCCUGGUGACAGCCAAACCGUUCAGCUCCUUCUUGAUCCCACAGGUGAGCUAUGCAGCCAGCAGUGAGAAGCUGAGCAAUGCCCAGCUGUACCCGUCCUUCUACCGCACUGUCCCCAGUGACAAGAACCUGGUGGAGGCUGUGGUCCUGCUCCUGAACAGGUUUGGGUGGAACUGGAUUGCCACCAUUGCAAGUGAUGAUGAGUAUGGCCAGGGAGCCCAGGAACUCUUCUUAAGCACAGCUGGAAAUAACAACAUCUGCAUUGCCUUCGAGGGGCUGAUUCCUACAGACCUGUCCGAGCCCAAUGCCAAAAAACAACUGGAAGACACCAUUAAUUUAAUUAACAAGACCAAAGUCAACAUCAUCGUCCUUUUUGCCUUUAAUCUGCCAGCCCAGGCCCUGCUGGAACAAAGCAUCAGGAUGGGACUGAGCAAGAAAGUCUGGAUCGGCACCAAAGCCUGGAUGCUGUCUGACAUACCUACCUCUGUCCCAAACAUUCAGAGCAUUGGGACAGUCCUAGGCUUUGUGAUGAAAGCAGGCACAGUCCCUGGCUUCCAGAGGUACGUUGCUGACCUCUUUACCUCUGUUCAGCAGGAUGAAUUUUGCCAGGAGUCCAGGGAACUCAGCCGGCUCAUGAACACCGACGUGCUGGGCACGCACUGCGAGGAGUGUGACCACAUCUCCCUGGGGGACCUCUCCUUCCUGCUGAGCAUCAUCCAGGUGCAGCCUGUGCACGUGGCUGUGUACAGCGUGGCCUAUGCUCUGCACAGAGCCCUGGGCUGCACCCCCAAAGCCUGCCCCAAAGCACCCAUCAGAUCCUGGCAGCUGCUGCAAUUCAUGGACACUCUCCCCUUCGAGGUGAACGGCCAGAGCUUCAGGUUUGAUCAGUCCCACAGCACAAACACUGGCUACAAGCUCAUAUUCUGGUCCUGGAAGAAUGGCAGCCUUACGAACCUGCCUGUAGGUGACUAUGAACAGACCCUGCACAUCGAUGAGUCCCAGAUCCAGUUCCACACCCCAGAUCAAAAGGAGCCCACAUCAGAGUGCUUCAGGCACUGCAAACCAGGACAAGUCAGAAGGAUAAAAGGAUUCCACCUCUGCUGCUAUGACUGUACAGACUGCCCAGAAAACACCUUCUGGAGCAGUGAAGACAGCUCCAGCUGCUCCCCCUGCCCGCAGCACCAGUGGGCCCCCGCCCGGAGCACGCGGUGCUACGAGCGCAGCGAGAGGUUCCUCUUCUGGGACGAGCCCCUCGCCAUCGCCCUGCUGGCCCUGAUGUCCAUCACCGUCCUGCUGACCUGCCUGGCAGCUCUGCUCUUCCUGAGGAACCUGCAGACCCCCCUGGUGCGGGCUGCCGGGGGCGAGAGGACCCUCUUUGCCCUGCUGUGCCUCGCUCUGCUGAGCCUCAGCUGCUGCCUGCACGUGGGGAGGCCCAGUGGCACCCUCUGCGCCGUGCAGGGGGUGGUCUACGCCCUGUGCCUCAACGGCUGCUUCUCCACCUUCCUCAUCAAGACCCUGGAGAUCACCCUGGUGACGGAGUUCCCCCGCCGUGCCCCCUCCCUGCUGCGCUGGGUGACCCACAGGAGGUCCUGGCUCCUCGUGGCCUCGUGCCUGCUCACCCAGGGCUUGCUCUGCCUCUGCCACCUCCACCUGGGCCCCGCCUACCUGGUCCCUGACUACAAAUCCCUGCCCACCGAGGUGCUGCUGGUGUGCCACACCAGGUCCUGGGGGGCCUUUGCCCUCCUGCACGGCUACAACAGCUGCCUGGCCCUCGUGUGCUUCCUGGGCACCUUCAUGGUGCAAACGCUGGGCAAGAGGUACAACCUGGCCAGGGGCAUCACCCUCGCCACCCUCAUCUACUUCGUCGUCUGGAUCUUCUUUGUGGCUGUCUUUGCCUCGCUGAGGACAGUCCUCAGGGCUGUCUCUAAGGUUGCCACCACCCUGAUGAUCAGCCUGGGCAUCCUGGGCACCUACUACCUCCCCAAAUGCUACAUCAUCUUGUUCAAGCCCGAGAUGAACACGGUGGACUGUUUCCAGAAUUCCAUCCAAGAGGAGCCAGAGGAGGACUCGGCAAACAGGCAAUAAACCAGCCCCACUGUCACCUGCUCCUCAGUAAAGGCUGCCUGCAUUUUAAUGAGAUAAUUCUGUUUAUGAGCGCUCUCUGGCCCCAGGCACAAGC